AUGCACGCUGACGAAGAAAUUCUCGAUACGCUAUCUGCCUGCUUUCUACACAAUGGCCCUGGCAGGGUAGAGUCCUUGGAUAACACUUUUGCGCAUCGAAUACAGCUUUGCCGUGCCUGGGGACUCGACGCCCUAGAACCAUUCCACGUCCUCGACGUCGGCUGCGGCCAGGCCGAGUCGACGGCCGUGCUGGCCUACUUUGCGGGCGAGGACGGCCACGCCACGGGGCUGGAUCCGGCCGAGCCAUCUUACGGCGCACCAUUCACAGUGCAGCAGUCACAGGACUACCUGCGACAGUCUUCCCCCCUCGGGCCGCGCAUUACCUUUGCCCGCAGAAGCCUGCCCGAGUUCCUCGCCACGGCCAACGCGCGCAGCACCGUCUUUGACAUGGCCGUCUUCUGCCACAGCCUUUGGUAUUUCACGGGGAGCGAUGCCGUGCAUGAUCAUUUUGUGGCGCUCGCGGGCGCGGGAAUCCCGCGUGUCUGCUUGGCCGAGUACAGCACGGCCAGUGCCGACGAUGACCCCGCGCAGCGCCCGCACCAGCUCGCCGCGCGCGCGCAAAUGCGGCUACACGCGGCCAGGGAACAGCAUCUCAGCGAGGCGAAGCCCAGCACGCUCAACGUACGUGGCGCGCUGGAGGUGGAAGAGCUCCUGAGGGUCGCGGAGAGCGCCGGAUGGUCAGUGACUCGCCGCGGGAUUGUCAGCCCGCCGGCGGGGAUGCGAGACGGCUACUGGGAGGCCGGUGUUGUCACAUCCCCGCGCUUUAGAGAAGGCAUCAUUUCACAGGGCCUCCCCAAGGAGCAGGAGGAUAGUGUGCUGGAGUUUAUUCCCCAAAUUGGGCAGGCUAUAGAGCAUUUGAAGUCCAUCGGCGAACCGGUCGCCACAAUGGACGUGGCAUGGGCGGUUCUUGAACGUCAACCCGCAUGA